AGGUACCUAUAUCUAUGCGUGGGCACUGGCCGCUCUGCAAGAGGUUCCGUCCAAUUAGUGUAACAGUCAUAUCCAUAUUGGUUCCUUAGUCCGUCACGUGUAUCCCUAGCUCUUUCUCUUCGGAACGAUUCAUUGAUUACUUAGUAUCGAACACCCUUCCAAAGCUACCCAAGAUGUCGACCGCUGCCCGUCGUCGUUUGAUGCGAGACUUCAAGCGAAUGCAGACUGACCCUCCGGCUGGCGUUUCCGCUUCUCCGGUUCCCGACAAUGUCAUGACUUGGAAUGCCGUUAUCAUCGGACCCGCCGACACGCCGUUCGAAGACGGAACAUUUCGACUCGUGAUGCACUUCGAAGAGCAAUAUCCGAACAAGCCUCCUGCGGUCAAGUUUAUUAGCCAGAUGUUCCACCCCAACGUCUACGCCACCGGAGAACUUUGUCUCGACAUUCUACAAAACCGAUGGAGCCCUACCUACGAUGUUGCAGCUGUCUUGACGAGCAUUCAAAGCUUGCUCAAUGACCCCAAUACUGGCUCUCCGGCGAAUGUGGAAGCUUCCAACCUCUACAAGGAUAAUCGCAAGGAAUACACUAAGCGUGUUCGCGAGACCGUGGAGAAGAGUUGGGAAGAUUAAGCUCGAGCUUGAGCUCUCUACGAGAAUAUGACGACCUGAGGUGUAUAGAAACACCUCUCGAUCAUGAUUUACGUAUGAUUGGGACAAUGAGGUUUUGAGCUUAGGAAUUCGCACAACA